UCAGUGUCUGAUGACGAAUUUCCCCACAAAUCAUCACUCAAUUCUGCAAGUAGUUCUAAUUUACUAUCGCUGUUCUCUAGCUGGUCUAAAACCGAUUUUGACCUAAAGGGACGCUUUUUGGACGCCAUGGACAUUUCUCAGUUUCAAGGCAGAAUGAACAGCAAAAAAGUAGGCAGGGCACAGGACAAAGCACUAGGGAAAAAAUGUUUGUGAAAUGGUUUGAUACAGUAAUGUUUUACUAUAUAAAUCCUGUAUAAUAAUAAUGUCACUUUUUGACAUUUUUAAAUUUCCCGCCAGUUCCAUCCCCGUACGUCCUGACGUUGCAGGAAACGGAACCUGGAAGACAGAUGCCGACAUCGGCUGGAAGACAUUGUAGGGG